AGAGUGUCUCGUCACUCGUGACUCGGAAGAGAACAUCAAAUCUUGAUUGGUAUAGACAGACGCGCAGAAGAAACAGGGGAGGGGUGAAUGCCGUCGAAAUCCUUUCUCGUCGGCCUCCGAUCUCUCUCUCUCUCUCCCCGUUGGUCUCCAAUUCCAGAUUUCCUCCCAAAUUGAUCUUCAACUCCCAAUCUCAUCUCUAUUUUUUCCCAAAUCUUUCUUUUCCUUGUCUCGUUUUGUAUCAUCUUCGCUUUACGCCCUCUGAUUUCCCGUUUGUGAAUUGCAAGCCUCUCUCUCUGUCGAUACUAAAGGUUUCAAAUUUAGUGAGGUGAGACCAUGAAGAUGGUAAGGAGUUAAUUUUUUCGAUUCUGGGUCGUUUCGGUUCUUAAGGAAAUGGCGUCACUCUGAGAAAGCUGGGACCCAAGCACGCAUUUUCUUGAAUCUUCAAUUUGAGAUUUUUAUCUGGUUUUUCUAUCAUAGGCUGGAUGUUGGAAAUGGGAUGUGAUGCAGUAUGGUUAAAUUUUUUUCUUCAGUGUGUUCCAGUGUCUUCAAGAGGUUUUCUACUUUGGUUUGUAAGAUGUUGAGCUGGUGGUAGCGUGACUCUAAUUGGAGAAUUGGAGUGGGAAGAUUCGAUUAUCAUGAGGUUGUUUCCAUUGGGCUCGAGCUCGAGGUCGAGCUCAGGCUCGAGCCUGGUGAAGGAGGACGGAGGCGACCAUGCUUUGCUGUAUCUCAAUGUCUAUGAUCUCACUCCAAUUAAUAACUAUCUCUACUGGUUUGGGCUCGGGAUUUUCCAUUCGGGUAUUGAAGCCCAUGGCCUAGAAUUUGCGUUUGGAGCUCAUGAAUAUCCUACAAGUGGGGUUUUCGAGGUGGAGCCAAGAAGUUGCCCUGGCUUUAUCUUCAGAAGAUCAGUGCUAUUGGGCAGCACCAACAUGUCUCGUUCAGAAUUUCGAUCAUUUAUGGAGCACCUCUGCAAAAAAUAUCAUGGAGAUACUUAUCAUUUAAUUGCAAAGAAUUGCAACCAUUUCACUGAUGAUGUGUGCAAGGAAUUGACUGGAAAGUCCAUUCCUGGAUGGGUAAAUAGACUGGCCCGAUUAGGUUCAUUCUUCAACUGCUUACUUCCACAAAGCAUACAGGUUGCUGCAGUUCGACAUCUGCCUGACCAUCCAACGUAUUCUGAUGAUGCCUUGGACUCACCUGCAUCGUCUGUAACAGCGGACAGCGAAGAGGAUGAGUUAGAUCAUCACCUGCUGACCUCGCCUGAUGGAGAUUUUGCAUUUCUGAAGGAAAAACCGGUGAGACUGGCCAAAGAGCUCCUUUAAAUUCUUCCAAUCCAUGCACUGGCAUUUGAAUUAUAGCCAUUGGGGAAUGGCAAAUGUCCUUCCAAUCAAAUGAGUCAUCACAUCAUUGUCUUCUAUGCUCAUAGGAAUACCCAGUACUUGUUGAUAGAUGUAGAUCCCUUGUCUGUAAGUGUAUGACUCUACUCCUGUUGUUGCGGGUAAUAACCAGGUAGGUGACCUUGGCUGUUGGCAUUCUUUCGGUUUUGCAUCUUAUAAGCUUACACUAAUUACAUAUGGCUUACUCUCA